CACUGGCCCGGCCGCCUCUCCCCGCCCCGCCCCGCCGUGUUUGCCUUUCUCCCGGAUCCGAUCCGGAUGAAGGGCCUGCCCUGCCCCUGCGCUGCCCUGCCCGACUUCUGCCGGCCGGGGUCUCUCUUCAUGGCCGAGAGCUCGGGGACCCGGGCCCCGGGGAAAGGGCCCCCGCUCAGCAUCCAGCUCCUGCGCGCCCAGUACGAGGACCUGAGGCGGCAGCAGAGGGCGCGGGCCCACCUCGUGAUGCUCCCGACAGGGGGAAACAUGCUUGCUCCUGCUGAACCCAUGGUCAGUGCUGUUUGGAUUAACAAGGAGAGAAGGAGCUCACUGUCCCUGAAGGAGCUGGAUCCAGAGGCAGUGGAGAUGCCAGAGGAGGCAGACAGAAGCUGUCUCCAGGCCCCUGUGUCUCCAUGGCAUACACACCUAGAGAUGCACCUCUUGGCCCAAACCUUCCACCAGGAAACCAGCCAUCAAGUAAAGCAUAAGGGCAAGCUUAUGGGGUCUGACCAAAGGCUCCUUCAGGGAGGAGGCUCAGGUUUGUUUGAAGACAAUCAGAGGACUCAACAAGGGACCAAAGUCCCAGAGGGAACUCAGUGCCAAUGUUAGGUUGAUAACACCCAAGCAAAGGCAGUGAAAUCCGGCUUAAACAUUGGUAUCCAGUGCCCUCCUUCCACAAAGAACCCACAUAGGUCUGGCAAACCAGCACAUUAUCCAUUUCCCCAAAGGAAAACUCCCAGGAUCUCCCAAGCUGCCCGGAACCUGGGCUUAUAUGGCACAACCUGAAGCUUUCUAUUCAGCCAAAUGGCUCAGCAUUGAGGCCAUCUGUGGCUUCAUCAAAGAACCAGAGAAGCAGAGGCACAACCAGGGCCUCUAGCUAGGAGCAAGAACUGGCCUAACCCAAUUGCAGGAAU